UACAAGUAGCGGCCAUAUUUCUUUCUUGUGUGCGUUGGAUCUCACCGUGUCAGGAUGAGUUCCCUAAAGUUACAGAAGAGGCUUGCCGCCUCUGUUAUGAGAUGCGGCAAGAAAAAGGUGUGGCUUGAUCCAAAUGAGAUCAAUGAAAUCGCAAACACCAACUCCAGACAGAACAUCCGUAAGAUGAUCAAGGAUGGUCUUGUCAUCAAGAAGCCUGUUGCUGUGCAUUCCCGCGCUCGUGUCCGCAAGAACACAGAGGCCCGUAGGAAGGGACGUCACUGUGGCUUCGGUAAGAGAAGAGGUACAGCCAACGCACCAUUACCAUACAAGGAACUUUGGGUUCAAAGACAAAGGGUACUCCGUAAGUUGCUGCUGAAAUACAGAACAGCCAAGAAGAUUGACAGGCAUCUAUACCACGCCCUGUACAUGAAGGCGAAGGGUAAUGUGUUCAAGAACAAGCGUGUGCUCAUGGAGUACAUCCACAGGAAGAAGGCUGAGAAGGCCAGGACCAAGAUGCUCAGCGACCAGGCCGAGGCGCGCCGUAACAAGGUGAAGGAAGCGCGCAAGCGCCGCGAGGAGCGCAUCGCCGCCAAGAAGGAAGAGCUGCUGCAGACCUUCGCCAGGGAGGACGAAGCCGCCGUCACCGCCAAGAAGUGAUACCUUUGUAUAGUUAAAUGAUCCAAUAAACGCGUUGGCUCCAA